CAAAAGUCCUAACUCCAAACCCAUUUCGGAUCGACCCGACCCGUAAAAGAGAAUUGAUUUGCGGAGAGGACGAACAAAGGAAGGAAGGAGGGAUUUUGAUUCUCACAAAUCUCUCAGAUCUUCGUUUUUCGUAAGGGAGCUGCGUUUAAUUUCAUCGGAGAAGGUGAGGUGAUGGAUGCUCAAGCGAAGAAGAAGGCGUUGUUCCGAUCAAAACUCAACGCCAAGAAGAAAGAAACUCGCAUAGAUUCUCCUCUCGUUAGGUACAACGAAUCAGAGCAGCCUGUGUGUCGAGUGUGCAAUGUCGUGUUGAAGUCUGAAUCACUAUGGGAUGUUCACCAAGCUUCUCGUAAGCAUCACGAGGCAAUCGAUAAUUUAAAGGCUAGUGCAGCAGGAGUUCAACGGGGUAACAAACAUGCUGAAACUAAGCCUACACAAGUCGAAAGUUCCGCUGCUGCUAUUUCAUCCAAAUCUCAGACAUCAUCUGGUCUUCCUCCAAAUUUCUUCGAGUCUGCUAUUAAACAUCCUGAAGUUGAAUCUUCGAAACCUAAGAACGUACAACAACCAAAGCAGACUAUAGGUUCGGAAACAAAUAAGACUAAAGGACCUCUUCCAGACGGAUUUUUCGAUAAUCAGAAAGCUGAUUCUUCAGAUACCAAAACCACCAGUGAGCCUAAAGAGAGUCAGACGCAGACGACUGGUACAGUGGUGAAAGGAGCCCUUCCCUCCGGUUUUUUCGAUAAUAAGGAAGCUGACCUGCUUGCCCGUGGAAUAAAGCUCGUCAAACCAGAUAUCAAGGAUGAAUAUAAAGAAUUUGAGAAGUUGAUACAAGAAGAUCUGCAAGUAGUGGAUAGUCGCAUGGAAGAAGAAGAGGUUGAUGCUGCGGAAACUAUAGAAGAGGAAGAACAACGAGAGCAGAGAUCGUACAAAGAGAAAGUGGAGAUUCUGAAGAAGAGGAAGAUGGAACUGAAAGCGGCUAGAUUAGCUAAGCGCAGCAAAACCUCUGAAGGUUCAGUUAAAAAGCCGAAGAAGACUGAAGAAGAAUCGCCCAGCGAUGAUGAGGAUGACGAGGACUCUGCUGUUGAUUGGAGAGCUCAACAUGUUUGAAAUAAGUCAAAUGUUCCUCUCGUAAAACAUUCAGUCUUGUGUUAAGAGUCCUCAGGGAAAAAGGGAUCAAUUUCUCUUGCAGAAUUUUCAAAGCUUAUUAUAUGCCAUUAAGUGUAAGAGCAACUCCAAUCCCCUGAUUACCUUGACAUUAUCUAGUCUUUGACUAAUAUGGUUCAAAUUUUCACGUGAUUUUUAUAAUGUGCUAAAGUGUUGGCACAAUGGGAAUUUCA